AUCCUGGGGCUUGUAAGCCAGCUUGUCUUGUGGAAUCAGUGAGCUCGGGGCUCAAUAAGAGAUCCUGUGCCAAAAGAUAGAUAGAUAGGUAUAUAGAUGAUGGAGAGUGACUGAGGAAGACACCUGAAUGUUAUCAACCUCUGUCUUACACACAAAUAGAGACAUGUGUGCAUAUAUCAGCAUGAACUCUUAGAUAUGUAUGUCCAUGUGUGCACAUAAGCACAUACAUACACUGAAGAAUGAAACUUGAAUUUGGGGCUCGUCCUUUAGUUUUGGCCUUAAAUCUGAUGGAUUGAAAUAGACUCGCCAAGCUUGCUUCUGGCGCUGACCGUCUAAAUAUAAGCUCUGGUCUUAUGCAAACAGUUAGCUUUGGGGAAUUAAUGAAAGAAGGAAGGAGCAUGUUAUGAUCUUGUUAGCCCUGUGUUCUGUUGCAGAACUUAGUCUGGAUUAGAUAUAAAGUGUUCACAUAGUGGCUCUGGGACUCUAGGCUCAUGUCCAGUGCAUAACAGAUCUCACUAGAAUGGCAAGACUUAGGCAAGAGCUAAGGGAGUGGGCCAUGGCACAGAGCACAUCUCUCUUUUCUGGAACAUCAGGCUAGAAGCUGAUAAACCAUCGGUCACCCUACAUGUUGCCCUAGUAUUCCCUGCCAGCUCUGAAAUGAAAAUACUAUUUAGGAAAAGGAAACUUUGCCAAGACCAGGAAGGCUCUGCAGGAAGGUGUAUGAGAGGUUUCACCUACAUCCCGUAUCUCCUCUCCUGUGGCAAUGACUUGGGAGGGCUAAAGGGGCUCUGUGACAGUUUCUUCAGGUUUCAGUGGGCACGUAACUGUGGAUGGUAACCUACAUGCUGCUAGGAUGUUGGGCAUCUUUUUCCAUUGGAAGGGUUGGGGGGAAAGGCAAGGGAAAUCGACAGUGACCAUAUUCCUUAGAGCGGGAAAACACUGAGACACUAUAAGCUGGGCAGAUUCAAAGGUAGAAAGAGCAAGAAUGCUUCGGAAGCCCUCUGCGGUUGCCAGGGAAUCCUGCCUCAUUCAACAAAGGGGUUCUUCUACAUUUAGCAGCUGGAGCUUCUCCUACUUCAUCAUAAAACUAUGCUUCAAAGCAGCAAUAUGCUCUGAACAUGCGACACAGAAGAUUUAACUAGUUUUGGCUUUUUGUUUUGUUUUGCCAGGAUUUUGUGUGUGUGUGUGUGUGUGUGUGUGUGUGUGUGUGUGUGUGUUCUUGCCUAUGAUAUUUUUCCUUUGACCUAGUGUCUUAGUCAGGGUUUCUAUUCCUGCACAAACAUCAUGACCAAGAAGCAAGUUUGGGAGGAAAGGGUUUAUUUGGCUUACACUUCCAUACUGCUGUUCAUCACCAAAGGAAGUCAGGACUGGAACUCAAGCAGGUCAGGAAGCAGGAGCUGAUGCAGAGGCCAUGGAGGGAUGUUCUUUACUGGCUUGCUUCCCCUGGCUUGCUCAGCCUGCUCUCUUAUAAAACCAAGACUACCAGCCCAGAGAUGGUCCCACCCACAAGGGGCCUUUCCCCCUUGAUCACUAAUUGAGAAAAUGCCUUACAGCUGGAUCUCAUGGAGGCAUUUCCUCAACUGAAGCUCCUUUCUCUGUGAUAACUCCAGCUGUGUCAAGUUGACACAAAACUAGCCAGUACAACCUAGUCUUCCUGUGUAGCUGUGGCUGUUCUGGUAUUCACUCUGUAGUCCACGGUGACCUUGAAUUAGUGACACUCCUCUUGCCUCAGCUUCCCAAGUGAGGCAAGCAUUACAUGUAGGUCCUCUGUGUUGUUGUUGUUUUUGUUGUUGUUGUUGUUGUUUUAAGCAAAGGGGCAGACUACUGAGUCAAGACCCAGAACCAAACCUCACUGAAGCCACUCCAAGAACACUUCCAUCAGGAGGAAGGUGAUUUUUCUCCAUCAUUACUCUGAUGCCUCAGGGCUUUAGUGAGGACAUCUGACACUUCUCCUUACCAUUUGAUAGAACGCACACAUACAUGCAUGCACAUUCGUGCACGUGCCCAUUCAUGCAAACACACAUACACACACGCACACCCUACAAUUUCUCCAUAGCAUUUGCAGCUGCACAGAAUCAAGUCUUGAAACAUCAACCUCAGACUCCACGAAGCUAGGGGGAGCUAGGAGCCCUCAGCUCCACCCAUCACUUCCAUUGCUUCAGGAGUCCACAAAACCAUAAGUCUAGGCUUCCCUGGUCUUCUUGCCUCUGAUGUGAAUACUCCCGGUUUUAGAAAUCUUUCCUCACCAAACGGCAGUGCCUCUUGCAAUAUACUACUACAGCCCCACCUCAUCUCAAGAAGGAUGUCAGAGGCUAACCUCCACACCAUUUCCAUCAUGGGACCUCUCCUUCCUCCCUUCUCCCUCUCAUCACACUUUCUCACCCACCUAGGCUCUCAGCCCCGCCAUCAGCCUGUGUCUAAAUAAGUUGCCAAGAGCAUAGAGCUGAGCCUUUCAAUGAGUCUGGAAAGGGUUUCAAGGUCUCUUAAUGACUGAUUUGUGCAUGGCAUUCUCCCUUCACAGCCUCCUCCACACUUACAAACACAUGUGUGUGCACGAGACCGGAGCUGGGGUCUGCGGUCAAAUAAAUGUGGAUAAAUAUGAAUUAAACAAUUAAAGCUGUUAUUGCAAUAUACAGUUCUCACCUCAAAGGAAUGAGAAAUUAUAUAUUUACAUAUAGUCAUUAUUGCUAUAUGUAAUAUUAUGUAUAGUUUAAUAGUUUAUUCUGGAGCUAAGAGUGACAUUACCCAGAAGCACAGGUUCAGGUUGCCCAAAAUACCCUGUUCCAGUGUACUAAUAGUUUCUUGAGUUACUUAUAGUUAUAGGGGAAAAAGAUAAAUCAAAGCAUUAUUAAAAUGUAUUGGUGGGAGUAUCAGCUAGGUGGGUUACAGGAAAGCAGGAAUAUUCAUGUUAUAGUUUUCAGACGCUCUCCGAUGAUAUUUUUGGCUUCUUGCUUGGUGGAACCUAAUGUUCUGUUAAUGCCUCACAAGGUUUCAUGUGCGAGUCACUAAAACUUUAGGUCAGGUACAGAGGGGGACAACGGGUGACAAUUAAUAAAGAUAGGCCAAGCCAAGAUUCUGGCUUUACAACAUUUCAGCUCUCCACAUUCAGAAGUUCUGACAUGUCGGUCAGCCUUGUACAAUCUUUUACAUGGGCAAAGUUUUUUUUUGUUGUUGUUUUGUUUUGGUUUUUUUGGGGGGUACAUUUGGUUUUUUUGUUGUUAUCGUUUUAUGGAGAACUUCAGUUCAUACAGCUCACUCUUCCACAAGAAUUCUAAAAGCCUUUGCUGUAUUUGGAGUGCUUCGUGGGUGAGCACAAGGUACAGCUGUUUUUCCUGGGGUUCACCCAUCCUCAUAAGCAAACAAGUCACCCAAGAAAACAGCUUGUUAGCUGUGAUGGCCGCCCUUCUGAAGAACAGCUGGGACACAGGUGUUGCAGAGUCAGGCUGGCCACUAGAUGGAGACAUUUCUCCAUGGCAGGUGGACUGUUUGCCGCAACCCGAAGCCUGAGCCUAGGGCAUAACAUUCCUGAGCAAGGCUGGGUCUUCAAAGGUCCUUCUUCCCCGAGCAGUCCUGAUCUAACACUCAUUCAGCACUUGGGAUGCUUUGUGCUGAACUUAGCAGAUUUGUAUAUUGCUGUAGCUGAUUUGGGUGAUUACAAAAUACUUUUUGUUUCAUUGUAUAGGAAAAUAGCUUCAGUAGAUAUAAACCCAGUUUAAAAAGACUAUUCAUAAAAACGUUACUAAAAUAUGUAAGUCAUGCAUACUGCUGGGGAUUUGUUUUCUUAGAAUGGUACAUCAUUAAACACUGGAAAAAUGGGUAUGUUUGUGUUACAUUGGUCUUUAGUUGCAGGGCUAGUUGGAUGGACAAAGAUUGUGUGUGUGUGUGUGUGUGUGUGUGUGUGUGUGUGUGUGUGUAAAACCUGCGAAGUCAGGUUAUAUAGACCUUAUCCAAAAUGACUUGACUUUUUUAAAGUUUGGGAUAUUUACAUAUACAUAAAGAGAUACCCUGAGGAUGGGACCCAAAUCUAAGUAUGAGGUUUAUUUGUGUUUCCAAUAUAUACUAUUUCUACAGAACCUGGAAGCAAUUUUCUGCAGCAUUUUUAGUGUGCCCACCUUUUGACUGAUCCCUCACCAUGAUCUCAAGUGUGGAAUUUUCCAGAUGUCAGCACUUAAAAAGAUUCAGUUUAGAUUUAGGUAUUGGAUGUGCUCAGCCAUUACACUAAAGAAUUAUGAACCAAGUAAACUGCCCUUGAAAGGUACAUCUGCCCUGAGAGCUAACCAUCCGAUGAACCUGGUCGUUCCCUGGCCCUGAGGUGUACCCAGAAGCAGUGCUGCAUACCAGCCUCGUGGGCGUUGAGACUGUGAGUCCCUAGAACCCUCAUGGUCUUCUCUGAGUGUGUUGAGAGACCCGACCUUCCAACUCUUUAUCAAAAACAUCAAAUCUCUCUCUCACAUGACAGGUUCUCUUGGGUCGGGGUGUAUGGGACUUGCACUCUUCAUUGGCAGUUUUUGCACCACCCAACAUCACAUGCUGUCGUGUACAGAUGCGAGUGAAUGGCGAGGCAUUUUCAUUAAUACAUGAGUCAGGCCAUGGCAGCGAAAGAAUGAACACAGGAAAGGCUUGGUCUGAAGGUUAGGUUAAAGUGUAAACAUGUUUACAAUAAAACCUAAACCAUGCAGGUUGGGAAAUGAGCUCAGUAGUCUCUUCUGGAACUGGUGUUUUUUUUAAUGGAACAGCUCUUUUGCCUGUGUGCCUUCAUGCAUUGACUAACUUGAGGGCAUUGUCGUGGUACUUAAUGGUGUGGUUUCUGAAGACUGCCUUACCCUUAGUUAAUUACAAAAAAGCUUGGUUUUUCAAAAUCCAAGAGAGAAGGUGUGGCUGGUUGGUAUAUUGUUGCUUGAUUGCAUGCAGCCUGAAGAACACUCAAUAGCCAGCAGGUAGCAAGCCAUUUUUCAAGAUGUAGUAGAAAGGAGAGCUGGAAGUAGUGUCUCGGGAGUAAGGAUAAGUCUCUAGUUCUCUGCCACCCUCAAGUGCAAUAAACUUAAGGGUGAACAACAUCAAUUAUUCCCUGAAGAAAUGGCCAGGGCUUCUUGCCACAGCCUGUCCUCCAUUCUGUGGUGGAUCUUCACAAGGCUUCAUGAAGCAGGAAAACCUGGCUCCCAACGAUCUCCUCUCUAAAGUACCAUGUCUGUGAGUGCUGACUCUCCUUUUCUCUUUCAUGCUGGCACCUGGCAGAGUGUGGGAACCACUGCCUCAAUACUAUUAUAGAAGCCAUCGAGAUCCCACAGUUCAUCGGCCGCAGCUACCUGACGUAUGACAACCCAAAUAUCCUCAAGAGGGUGUCUGGAUCGAGGUCAAAUGCGUUCAUGAGGUUUAAGACAACCGCCAAGGAUGGCCUGUUGCUGUGGAGGGGGGACAGCCCCAUGAGACCUAACAGUGACUUCAUUUCCCUGGGUCUUCGGGAUGGAGCCCUGAUAUUCAGCUACAACCUGGGCAGUGGCGUGGCUUCCAUCAUGGUGAACGGUUCCUUCAGCGAUGGCCGGUGGCACCGAGUCAAGGCUGUCAGGGAUGGCCAGUCCGGGAAGAUUACAGUGGAUGACUACGGAGCCAGAACAGGCAAGUCACCGGGCUUGAUGCGGCAGCUUAACAUCAACGGUGCUCUGUACGUGGGUGGAAUGAAGGAAAUCGCUCUGCACACGAACAGACAAUACCUGCGAGGCCUUGUGGGCUGCAUCUCCCAUUUCACACUGUCCACCGAUUACCACAUUUCCCUCGUGGAAGACGCCGUGGAUGGGAAGAACAUCAACACUUGUGGGGCUAAGUAACACCAGCUGACCUUGCCCAAGGGACAUAGCCUCUAUCCUGCAAUCACAGAGGCCCGGAGACCCUGCCUGAUGCUGCACUCAGAGGUCUUGAAAUCAGGUGUGUUUACUUUCUCUGAGGAGGACAAAGUACACCCUGGUGAGAGCCAAGACUGAAGGCCCUGGGUGGCCUUCUCUGCUAACGCCCUGUGAACCGAACCCAAUGGACUACUGUGGUUAGGAAGCAUUGGACUUUGUUGUUCAACGUAUAGAGUCUGAGAGAGAUGAUACGUCAGUGCAAGCUCUGGGAACUCUCUGCUGUAGCUCAAUGGCUCUGUUGUGUUAACAAGAGUGAGAGCCAGACUGGAUGAGAAAGAGUGAAAGAGCAAGAGAGAGAGAGAGACAAGACAGAGAGACAGAGAGACAGAGAGACCACCCCUCCAAAUAGUAUUAAAAUAUUUCUGCUCUUCCCUGACUUAUGACACUAGCAGGAAGACUGGGCAACCCUGAACUUCAUACUUCCAAUCUCGGUCUAUGGAUUGUGUAGAUUAACCCCUUCCAUGCCCUGCUGGCUGACUCAAUGUGCUCUGACUAGUCCAUGGAAAUAAAUGUUGGGGGUAAAUUAAACAUAGAAUAAUAAUCAGACUGUGGCAUCCUUCCCCCAAGCUUUCCUCUAAUGCAAAUAUUCUCUCUUUUUUUAAUGAUGCAGAUCGAAGAAAGCGGGCCCCCUGAUUUUGUAGCUGUACUUUUUGUAUGUGACUAUUUUUUAUAGCUGCAGUCUGUCCACACCCAUGGUGUGCUUUUUGAAAGUUAGUGGUUGAUCCUAAUUACGAAACACCUUCCUAAUAGCUUUCUCACAAUGGAGAUGUGAUCAGGCCAUUUGUAGUGUCAGGGGAGCGGUAGCAAGUGACUAGGGUGGGCCAUUGGGAGAAGGGACCAUUCUCUUUUAGUAUAUGCUGACGGUUCAAGUGGAUGAAUAUGAUGCUGUCCAAAAGUGGAGAGAUUAAAAGGAAUGUAUCACCGA